UUUAACAUCAUGAAGUCCAUCGUUGCAAGUAAAUGGUUAAAAUGCACGUAUAGUGACAAUUAUUAGCGAAUCUCUUCAGACAAUACAGUAUGUUGGCGAUUAACCUAUAUUAUCACAGCCUUUUGCUUUAUUAAACAUCCUGUGCGUCACUCCCUCUUCCACGCAGAUCUUUCUGCAGAAGCCCUUCCAGUUCUUGGAAGGAGAGAAAGGUGCUGUGAUUUUUUUUUUUUUUUUCCGUGGUCGUACGUCGUUUUCUAAUAAAUUGCGAACUUAAUGCUUAAUUUAUUCUCUCGUAGCUGGCUACGGACUAUAUAAACAUCAUGGGUGACGGCAAAUGCGAGUUAAUAUCCGGGCACAGUUUCGCAUUGGCAAAAACAUCGACCGCUGGAGCACUGAAACUUUAGAGAGAAACUGUGGUUUGAACUGAGAAUCGGCUAACGUCUGGAGACUCCACAGAGCUUCAUUCAGAACAUGUGAACUCACCCUCGUGGAUGUUUAACGGGAUUCUUUAAGGAUCGAGAUCAUCUCGUCCGCUCCUCUCGCGCAGAAGCUCGUCUGAAUCAACGUCACGCGUCUAUCAAUGUCGUGUGCUUUUUAAUUUUUUAAUUUUAUUUUUUUAUUUUAUUUUUGUCGCGCUCAGUGUCUUUUUUUUUUUUUUUUUUUUUGAAAUACUCAAAGGAUUUAAUCGGACAUAAACAUUUCCAGUUGCAUGAGGACCAACAUCGUUCUUUCUUAACUAACAGCGGAAAGCAGGAUAUAGACCAACCACUACACCGGGCUUGAUUUAUCUGUGGACAACCUACUACAAAUGCCUCCCCCACCCCUGCCCCAUACAUAGCCAGGAUGGAAAGUUGUGUUGUCAGUAGGAUGGGACCUGACGAAUAGCUGGUCUUGAUGAAGAUGUUGCUCGGAUCCAUAUUUAAUUCCAUGUGGGAAUACUUGCCAUGCAAAGAGGCUUUGAGAUUUUUGACAGCUUCGCUCUCGGAACAUCUGGCACCUUGGGUUUGAUCGUUUCUUACGUGCAAGUGGAUAUAAACUAGUACGUCCGCUCUUAGCGGGACUAGCGUGAAGAGGAUUGAACAUGCCCUUCCAGCAGCCAAACCGCCUGCGUGGCGUCUGGAGGGCCAUGUGUCCGCGGCUAGGCCUCAGCACUAGUCUGGAUCUGCCAUUCUUGUGUUGGAUAUUAGGCUUGGCCCUGCACGCCCAGCUGGCAGCUUUGCAAAAACUGGAUGAAACGGACCCCGUUGUCACUACAACUUAUGGCAAACUGCGGGGAUUCAAAAAGGAACUCAACAAUGAUAUUCUGGGGCCUGUCAUCCAGUUCCUGGGCGUCCCCUACGCAGCACCUCCCACAGGCGAAAGGCGCUUCCAACCGCCUGAGCCGCCUGUUUCAUGGUCAGAUAUCCGUAACGCAACUCAGUUUGGUCCCGUUUGUCCCCAAACCCUACUGGAGGGCAGACUACCGGACGUUAUGCUGCCGGUUUGGUUCACCAACAGUAUUGAAGUGGUGUCAUCCUACAUACAGGACCAGAGCGAGGACUGCUUAUUCUUAAACAUAUACGUGCCAACGGAGGAUGUAAAAAGAAUAUCCAAGGAAUGUGCCAGAAAACCCGGCAAGAAAAUUUGUAGAAAAGGAGGUCCUCUUUCAAAGAAACAGAAUGAUGAUUUAGCUGAUAAUGACGGUGCUGAGGAUGAAGACAUUCGUGAAAGCGGGAGCCCCAAACCGGUGAUGGUUUUCAUUCACGGAGGAUCAUAUAUGGAAGGAACAGCAAAUAUGUUUGACGGAAGCAUCUUGGCCAGUUACGGCAACGUCAUCGUCAUAACCGUAAACUAUCGGCUUGGUGUGCUUGGUUUUUUGAGCACAGGAGACCAGGCAGCCAAGGGAAACUAUGGACUUCUUGAUCAAAUCCAGGCCCUGCGCUGGACGAGUGAAAACAUUGCAUUCUUUGGGGGUGACCCUUUACGCAUUACUGUUUUUGGGUCUGGGGCUGGAGCCUCAUGUGUCAACCUGCUGACUCUUUCCCAUUAUUCUGAAGGUAACCGUUGGAGCAAUUCAACCAAAGGUCUUUUCCAAAGGGCCAUAGCCCAAAGUGGCACAGCCUUAUCCAGCUGGGCUGUCAGCUUUCAGCCGGCCAAGUAUGCCCGCAUGUUGGCCAAAAAGGUGGGGUGCAACCUCAAAGAUACAGUGGAGUUGGUAGAGUGCCUACAGAAAAAACACUACAAAGAACUAGUGGAGCAGGACAUCCAGCCUGCUCGCUACCACAUAGCCUUUGGACCCGUCAUCGAUGGUGAUGUGAUCCCCGACGACCCUCAAAUCCUUAUGGAACAAGGGGAAUUCCUCAACUACGACAUCAUGCUGGGCGUCAACCAAGGCGAGGGGCUAAAGUUUGUGGAACUCAUCGUAGACAAUGAGAACGGCGUUCAAGCCAACGAUUUUGACUAUGCUGUGUCAAGUUUUGUGGAUGAUUUAUAUGGUUACCCCGAGGGGAAGGACAUCCUGCGGGAGACCAUUAAGUUUAUGUACACUGACUGGGCUGACCGCCACAACCCGGAGACCAGAAGAAAGACCCUGCUGGCACUCUUCACAGAUCAUCAGUGGGUGGCACCAGCAGUGGCAACAGCGGACCUUCACUCCAGCUUUGGCUCGCCUACUUAUUUCUACGCCUUCUACCAUCACUGCCAGAUGGAGCAGGUGCCACCCUGGGCUGAUGCAGCACAUGGCGAUGAGAUCCCAUAUGUGUUUGGGCUGCCCAUGAUUGGUCCAACUGAGCUUUUCCCCUGCAACUUCUCCAAAAAUGAUGUGAUGCUUAGUGCAGUGGUAAUGACCUACUGGACCAACUUUGCCAAGACUGGUGACCCCAACCAGCCAGUUCCACAGGACACCAAGUUCAUCCACACAAAGCCUAACCGCUUUGAGGAAGUGGCCUGGACGCGUUAUAACCAAAAGGACCAGCUAUACUUGCACAUCGGCUUGAAGCCCCGUGUCAAGGAACAUUACCGUGCCAAUAAGGUCAACUUAUGGCUGGAGCUGGUGCCUCAUCUUCACAGCCUCAACGAGGUCACCCAGAUCAUUUCCACCACUACUAAGUUGCCUCCACCCGAGGUCACUCCCCGUACACCAAAGAAGAUCCCAGUCAACACCAAGAGGCCCUACCCUACACCGUUUCCCACUGAAACACUGAACCAGAACCAGAACCAACCCUUCCUAGAGAAUCAGCGGGACUACUCCACCGAACUAAGCGUCACCAUCGCCGUUGGUGCCUCGUUGCUCUUCCUCAACAUAUUGGCAUUUGCCGCACUCUACUACAAGAAGGAUAAGCGAAGGCACGAGGUCCACCGGCGUUGCAGCCCGCAGAGGACCACAGCCAAUGAGCUGCCCCAUACCCAAGAAGAGGAGAUCAUGUCACUACAAAUGAAACACAGCGACUUGGAGCGCGAGUGCCGGGAAGCCAUUCACCCGCACGAGGUGGUCCUGAGAACUGCCUGCCCGCCCGAUUACACGCUCGCCAUGCGCCGUUCACCAGACGACAUCCCUCUCAUGUCCCCGAACACAAUCACCAUGAUACCCAACAGCAUGCCAGGCCUCACCUCCUUACACCCCUUUAACAGUUACUCCAGUGGACAGAAUAACACCCUGCCCCAUCCACACCCUCAUUCACACUCCACCACUAGAGUAUAGCCACACACACAUUCUCACACACAAACACAAACACACACACACAUAUACACUCCCACUGGUGUGGAGUACGAGUGUGUCAACGAACGGAGGAGAUGGCACUGGGUUGAGGAAUAUCUUUACUCCCGGUGCUCCGAGGAACAGGAAAUAACAAUGCUGAUUUUUGUUCCUCAAGAGCAAAACCAUCAUUUUAUAUUAAAGGCGAAAGACAAAUAGACAAAAAAAAAAAAAAAAAACUAUUUCUGAUGUAAUGAAAAACAAACAGAGAUGAUUUUUUUUUACCCUUAUAUUGUGACAAAACCAGGACCAUUUCCUGGGAACAACCAUCAGUCUAGGAUUCUUUGAGGAAUGGGUUGAUUCGGUUACCCGGAGUGGAAACAACGGAAGCACAGACAAGAUGAUGUGUGGGAGGCCUUUUGUAAACAAAAGGAAACAUAUUGUUUUCCCGGGGCACUGGAUUGUAGAUUACUCUCUUCAGAGCAGACAGGAGAUGCUGUUUACCUAAUUAAGGCAUGUGUUCUCCUUCUGGUGGAGAAUGUGGAAUACUACAGGAAACAGAAGAGAAUGAGAAAUCCUCAAGAAUAUGCACAAUAGAGACAUUCACUGAAUGUCUUUGAAUAUUUUUUGACAAUUUAUUUUUGGGGGAACAAUUUUAUUGUAUAGGACAUAUUUACAUAUCUAGAUACAGUAUGUACACAAAGCACCCAUGCUCUUUAAGCCCUGGCUGGGGGCAUUGAUACUGAGGAAUCUGCCUCAAGAGCGUAGCGGGGAAUUUAUUGGCUUCCUGGCAGAUACAGCUCCAUCACACAAGUGCUGUCUAUACUGAAACUGGUGGACUCAAAGGGAGGCUGGAUAUUUUUAGCACGACGCGCAUGACAAUUUAUCUGCUUGGUGGCUGUUCUGCUGAUUAAGUCAUUAUUUAAAACAAAA